GAAUUUUUGCUGCAUAUAGUGAAGAAUAGAAAAAGAAUUCCUUGGGUUUUUUUCCUCUGAAACCAGCAACUAUAGCACGACGACCCACGCAGCUUCUGGUCCGUGAACCCCCAACACCAACUACCAAAAAAUACCCAAUAACGAUCCCUAAUUGUCUGAUCUCAUCUCUCUCUCUCUCUCGCUCUCUGCAAAACUCGCAUCAAUUUAUUUAUCUAUAUAAAAAAGCGAACAAAUAAUUCUCUUUCCCAGUCUCUGCCCCAGUCAUUUUCAAAUUGCCAUCUGUGUCCUCCACUGCAACCAGCUCACGCGUAUUUUAUUUUCUGUGAUUAGCUUAUCCGAUAGUAAGUGGAUCAAGUUUCGAUUUUGAGCUCGAUUUCCAGUAUUUCAAAAAGUGGAUGGUUUAAGGAAUUGUUGGAGGGUUAUAUAUAAUAAUGGUUAGCAGUGAUAUGGAUAAAACUGGGAAGGAAAAGGAGGCCAAGCCACCAUCUGCUGCUCCUACACAGGAGCAGCCUUCAACUGCCAGUGCUACAACUGUAAAUCCGGACUGGUCUGGGUUUCAGGCAUAUUCUCCUAUACCUCCACCUGGGUUCUUGGCAUCAAGUCCCCAAGCUCACCCGUAUAUGUGGGGGGUUCAGCACAUCAUGCCUCCCUAUGGUACCCCACCACAUCCAUAUGUGGCAAUGUAUCCGCAUGGUGUAUAUGCUCAUCCAUCCAUUCCUCCGGGUUCUUAUCCUUUUAGUCCUUUUGCAAUGCCUUCUCCAAAUGGUAUUGCUGAGGCUUCUGGAAACACUCCUGGCAGCAUGGAAGCAGAUGGUAGGCCAUCUGAUGCUAAGGAAAAACUGCCAAUUAAAAGAUCAAAAGGAAGUUUGGGCAGUUUAAACAUGAUCACUGGGAAGAACAAUGAGCAUGGUAAAACAACAGGAGUGUCUGCCAACGGAGCUUAUUCUAAGAGUGCUGAGAGUGGUAGUGAAGGCUCAAGUGAAGGAAGUGAUGCAAAUUCUCAGAGUGACUCACAAAUGAAGUCAGGUGGCAGGCAAGAUUCUCUGGAAGACUCGUCUCAGAAUGGUGGUUCAGCACAUGGUGCUCAGAAUGGAGGACAGGGUGCAUCUAAUACGAUCAUGAAUCAAACAAUGGCUAUCAUGCCAAUAUCUGCUGCCAGUGCUCCAGGAGCUAUACCUGGCCCCACAACCAACUUAAAUAUUGGAAUGGACUACUGGGGAGCCCCUGCUUCAUCUACUGUUCCUGCAAUUCGUGGGAAAGUUCCUUCUACUCCAGUUGCUGGAGGGGUAGUUUCUACUGGAUCACGGGAUGUUGUUCAAUCACAGAUUUGGUUACAGGAUGAAAGAGAGCUUAAGAGACAGAGAAGGAAGCAGUCAAACAGAGAAUCUGCUCGCCGGUCCAGGUUGCGUAAACAGGCUGAAUGUGAUGAACUGGCCCAACGUGCUGAAGCCUUAAAAGAAGAAAAUGCCAAUCUUAGAUCAGAAGUAAACCAAAUCAAGAGCGAGUAUGAGCAACUUCUUGCGGAGAACGCCUCUCUCAAGGAGAGGCUCGGGGAAAUUUCUGGGCAGGAAGAUUUUAGGGCUGGCAGGAAUGACCAACAUAUGAGCAAUGAUACACAACAGACUGGUCAAACAUAGCUUCUUCAGGUUGGUCUCUAGGAUCUAGGUACCCCGUUUUCACGAGACUUUUAAGGAGCAUAACCUAACCAAUUAGCAACAGGAGUUUCUUCAUAUUUUGCAUAGCUUGUAGUUUGGAUUUUAUCAAAGCUGACCGUUAUAGUUCUAGGAUUCGUUCAUCUCGUAUCAUCCUAAAAUUCUUGUUGGGUCCAUCUGUAACUGUUAGAGACCUAGGAUGGUAUGCCGAGUGAAAAUUUGUGUUAUACCCUGUUUUAAGAGGGCAGUAUCCACACUUUUUUUGCUUUAUCUGUAUUAAAAAAAUCUGAUUGAGGAUGGUGUUAAUUUGUUAAACUGAACUAUAUGCUAUAUUCCAUAUAAAUCACUGAAUAUAGUACCCUGGUUCUUAUGUUUUGCUGCUCGGGUGCUCUAAUUUGACAUUGGAAUCUUAAAUCGGUUCUUAUUUUGUGAGGGAUAUAAAAUGUUUAUGUUGUGGUA